ACCUCAAAUACGCACGUUUUGUUUACGUUCCGAGAACAUCGUAUACAUAGUUAAAAUAAAAUUAUUUCACUAUGGGUAAACGUAAGGGAAAAUGUGUUAAAAAGAAUACAGCCACUAAGCAAGCGCUUGAACCAGAGCAUGUAGUAAAAGCUCCGCAUUCCUUCGUAAUUCACAGAGGACAAUGUUCAAAAGAUCUCAUGGAUCUUACAAAAGAUUUUAGAAAAAUAAUGGAACCAUUUACUGCAUCACAAUUAAAGGAGCGAAAGAAAAACACUAUUAAGGAUUUCUUAUCAGUGUCUGGAUAUCUGCAUGUGUCACAUAUGAUGGUAUUCACAGAAACAGAGCUGGGUUCAUACAUGAGACUGGCUAGAUUGCCCCGUGGACCAACACUUACUUUCAGGAUUCAUAAUUUCAGUUUAUCAAGAGAUGUUGUGUCAUCGCUCAGAAAACAAUAUGUGAACGCCAGAGCCUUCCAAAAUGCACCAUUGAUAGUUCUCAAUAGCUUUUCUGGAGAAGGAAUGCACAUGAAACUCAUGGCUACAAUGUUCCAGAAUAUGUUCCCUACAAUCAAUAUCACUACUGUAAAGUUAAAAAACAUCAGACGCUGUGUUCUAAUGAAUUAUAAUCCAGCUACAAAGUUGAUAGAUUUUAGGCAUUAUGUGAUAAGAGCAAUCCCUGUUGGUUUGAACAAAGGAAUUAAAAAGAUGGUGCAAGGAAAAAUUCCAAACCUCAAUCGCUGUAAGGAUAUAUCAGAGUUUUUUGAUAAGGCAGCACUUUUAUCAGAGAGUGAGUUUGAAGAUGACGCAAACAACCAAGUGACGCUACCACAGAGUUUGGCCUCCAGAGGUGCUGCGGAGAACUCACAGUCAGCAAUUAGAUUGGUAGAACUGGGACCAAGGAUGACUUUGCAAUUAAUAAAGGUUGAAGAUGGUCUUAUGGAUGGAGAGGUUCUAUUCCACGAGCUUGUUGAGAAGACAGAAGAAGAAAAGGCAUUCAUUAAGAAGAAGAGAGAAGAGAAGAGGAAGCUAAAGGAAAAACGGAAAUCACAACAAGAAGAGAAUGUUAAACGGAAACAGAAAGAGAAGGAAGAGUUGAAACAGAAGGCUCUAGAAGGAAUCAAGAAGAAGAAAGAACUGACUGAGAAUCAAAGGUUAAUGGAGUUAGCAGCGGCUGAAACUCAGAAUGGAGAAGAACAAGAAGAUGAUGCAGAUUAUUACAGACAAGAGGUUGGAGCUGAACCCGAGCAAGAUCUUUUCACACCACACCCAUCAAGAAAAAGAAAAUCUGAUGAUAGUGAACAACCAAGAGGCUUCAAGAAAAUGCGUCUGGACAAGAAACUCAAAAAGAAAUACCAAGGCAAACAGGAUAAUGAAGGGAAAGCUGAUAAAUUUCAAGGGAAAAAUAGAUUUAAUAACAAAGAUGGUGGAAAAUUUCAAGGAAAGAAAAGAUUUUCAGACAAAGAAGGUGGUAAAUUUCAAGGCAAAAGAUUUCCUAAUAAAGAUGGCGGCAAAUUUCAAGGACGGAGUCAAGAUUCUAGAAAUAAAAAUCCAAGAGCUUUUGCCGGGAAAUUUAAUAAAUUCAAUAAGUUUGGGAAUAACAAAGGAAAUGCUGGGAAGAGUAAAGGAAAACAGAGGAAAUGAGGAUAUUAAGUACAUUAAUAAUUAUUGUAUUUUAUUUAUAAGAACUGUUUUUACUACAUGAGUUUUGGAAGCAAGUGUGCUGCAAAUAAUAUACA